AUGAGUACUGUCAUAUUCUCAGAUACAGGGAAUAUCAACCUUCCUUACAUCCUAGUUCCUGUCUGUGUAUUAGUAACUAGGUGCAAACAUGUAAUACCCCAUGAGAUACAGGAAUGGAAAGCAUGUCACUUCGCUAGUUCUUGUCGAUGCCAAAACGUUCCUCGUUCACAAAAUAUAAUAGCAGAUUGUUCAGGAAAAGAUCUACUUCGUAUACCUAAGCUACCACACAAUCUUCAAAAUUUGUUUCUCCAAAACAAUAAUAUCAGUAGAAUAGAAGAUGGGAUUUUCAAAGACAGUUCUAAACUAAAGACUUUGGAUUUGUCUUUUAAUAGAAUAAGCUAUUUAAGAAAGACCUCGUUCAAAGGACUCCAAAAUUUGAUUUCGUUGAAUCUAGGCAACAAUGAUUUGAAAUAUGAAAACAAGUCGUUUGAACUUUCAGCUUUUUAUUUUCUGGAGAACUUGAAAAGCUUGAAUAUAAAAAGAAAUGUCAUCACCUCAUUUGUGCCAGACUUAUGGAAACUUCGGUCCCUCGAAUUACUGUCAAUAGAUUAUAUUGCAGACAAAAUUGCAAUUCUCGAUGAGAAAUUUUCAAAUUUAAAAAGACUAACAGGUAUAGAUCUAUCUGGUAUUACAGGAAAUUGCAAAAUGCCUAUAUUAACAGAGAAAACAUUUUUGUACUUGCCUCAAAUAACUCAUUUAAAUAUAUCCAAAUGCAAAAUACAACAUAUUUUUAAAGGAACGUUUAAGAUAUUAAGAAAUAUAUCCGAACUUGAUGUGUCUUUAAAUACAUGUUUGAGAUUCGAAACGCUUGAAAAUAUAACCACUGAUUUGCAACACUCGGCAGUUAAAAUCCUUAAAGUAAACAAUAUUCACAGUAUUUUCGGAAUGCCUACAGUACUGAAUACCUCUCAUAUUUGGAGUUUAAAAAACACAUCACUUGUUAGAUUUGAGGCCGCUGGAAACCGUAUUCAGAGAAUAGAAUCCGGUACAGUAAAAUAUUUGCCUCCGUCCUUAACAAGUGCGGAUUUAGGCGACAACAUGUUUUCUUUUGGAGAAUAUGUGAUUGAAUUGAAGGAUCUGCCAAUUACAUCACUAGAAAUUUCGGAUAAUUUUUCUCCUCAUAAUGUGUUUAACUCUUAUAUAGAGGAAUGUCCUCUUACAGAAGAGACUGUUACAAUUAAUUCAAUUAACAACUUGUUUUUUUAUGAACGUCCAUUUUUUGAAAAGUGGAAAAAGAAAUCUACAUUUUUUCCUGUGCCCGAAAAGCUGAAAAAAUUUAUAUGUAAGUCUAACAACCUGAACUCUGAAAUACCCAACAUAGGUUUCAAGGCAAAUGAGUUAAACUAUUUAAGUCUAAGUGAUAAUGUCUUGCAUACAUGGACAGGUCCAGUAACGAAUAUAAGAAAAUUGACUGAUUUAGACCUUUCAGCAAACUUUUGUUCUAAUAUUUCAAAGAUUUUUUUCAAUCAAGAUUUCAUUAAUUUAAGAUGCUUACUGCUUCAAAACAAUCUAUUAGGUCUCGUUCUACCUACGGAUGUCGACGGAGAAUUAUUUCAGAACCUCUACAAUGUCGAGUACAUUAAUCUUUCAAAAAAUAAAAUAGCAAAUAUACCAAAUCUUUUAUUUAAAGAGCAACACAAUUUGGAAAGAUUAGACCUCAGUGAAAAUAUGAUUGAUGACAUCAACUUUAAAAUAUCUCAUAUGAGAAAGCUCAUGUUUUUGAAUGUAAAGAAUAAUAGAAUAUCAAUUCUGAGUCAGUAUGCCAUGAAUGAGUUGGACUCGGUUGCCAAAGAGAAUAACAAUCUCACUAUUGAUCUUAGUGGAAAUAAUCUUGUUUGCAAUUGUGAUUCUCUGUCUUUCGUCAAAUGGAUAGUAAACACACCGACUAAUUUUCUCCGUUUGGAAAAAUACGAAUGUAAAACAUCAACAAACACACUCAGUCUUUUUCGAAACCCUAGAGAAGUUUACGAAACACUGCAAAAGGAAUGUAUGUCAUAUGAAAGUUUAAUAAUUGGAGUAACGACGGGAAUAUUGAUGUUUAUCUUUAUACUUUGUGGUGGUAUGAUUUACCGAUACAGAUGGAAACUACGCUAUCUUUACUACAUGGUCAAGGUCAAAUGGAGGGACCCCGAACAUAAUUCCGACAACAAAGAUGAACGACUAUACAUGUAUGAUGCUUUCGUGUCAUAUGCAAAUGAGGAUGAUACAUUUGUCCACCAUAAUCUUCUCAAUAAUCUAGAGAAAAACGGUAACAUUCAGUUGUGCUUGCAUAGGCGGAAUUUUCUACCCGGAAAUGACAUUGCUACUAAUAUCACAUCCGCAAUUCAUAACAGCCGAAAAACUAUUGUCAUAAUGUCUGCAAGUUAUUUAGCUUCGUACUGGUGUAUGUUCGAAUAUAAUAUGGCUAAAAUGGAGAGUAUCUAUGAACGCAAUUGUGAGAACAUCCUUUUCCUAGUAUUUUACGAGAAAAUGUCUGCUUGCGAUCUUCCACUUAAAAUACUGGAACUGGUUCAUUGUCAAUCAUAUAUUGAGUAUCCAAAUGAUGAGUACGGCGAUGUUGUCUUUUGGGAACAGCUUCAAAAGGCAAUCGAAUCCUACUAGUAAAUAUGUCCUCUAUUUGACAAUACGUAUAGUUAAUUAUAUACACGGACUUCCAGCAUGCAUUUGGCUUUUAAGUGUGUUACAUUAAAUGUUUUGUCAAUAAUAUGUAAUAAGAUUAUAAGUUCUUCUGAACUAGAUCUACUAUCAUUGCUUUAGCAAAUAUGAAGUACGAAUUUCUAUUUCUAGAAAGUAAACCAUGUGUGUUAUAAUUUCGCUAUACUAACCAAAUAUAUGUAUAUAACACGUACUAUAUUGAGUGCUCUAAAGUUCCGCGUAGAGUUUAAAUUAGAAUCAGAGACUAACCAAACUUUCGUUUUUCUCCAUCAUUUAUAUAGGUUGUACAUGAUGAUAUCAUUUGUUCACAACAAUAAGGCAGAUCUUAACAUAAGUUGGUAUAUCACGUGAACCACCUGCUAUGCUACAUACUAGACAAAUCUUAGUAUAGUAACAAUAUACUUACAGAAUGAUCUACUAACGCUGGAUUACAAAUUAGAAAUGUCCGUUUAUUGGUAUUGUUUUAUUGAUUUUUGUAUAGCAAUGGAUAAUGUAUAAGUUUCUAUCAAUGCCCGGUCGAAAUAUGCACAUACCUACCUAUGCCUACACUAUUGACAAGCAGUCUUCACGUUAGAUAGACCUUAUAGAACAGGUCUUUGAAAAUUGGGAGAAAAGUGUGAACGUUUUAAUUAUAAAAAAGAGCCAUGCGUUAAAUGAUGAUAAUAUAAAAGGAAAAGCGUAUUUUCUAGAAUUUGUAAUUUUAAUGUUAGCAUACUUUUGUUUUGAUUUUUCGAAUCGCUUAUUAUCUUGAUUGUUAAUUUUUUUUCUUGCUCCAAUGAUAUUCAAAAUAGGUACAAUGCAAAGAUUUGUUUUGUUUUUAUUGCUUUAUUAUCGUCUUAUUUUGUAUAUUUUUAUGUUAACAAUAUCAAGAAAACCAACACUUUUGUUUAAUUACAUGUACUUUUCUUAGACAGUAGAACUUUAGAGCUGUACCAGUAUCGUUCAAUCGUUUUGUAUCAAAGAUAUCCCUAUUUUCGAUUUUCCGUCUGAAGCCUUUUUUUUCCAAAAAAACACAGUGUGGUAAAUUUUAAUAAGUUCUUUUACCCUAAACCAGCAAAAUUCGUUACAUCUUACUAAAGUAAGUUAGCAGUUAAAAGUCGGUAUGUUUUCUUUUAAAGAUAUGUUACCAUUUUUGAAAACAAUUGUCACCAGCUAUAACUGUAGAAGGUAUGAAUGACCUUGAACAGUUGGUGUUUUUAUUUUUGUUUUAUGAUCAUUUACUUAAAGCUGUUUUGUUUAACAUUUACCUUAUAACUAUUCCUUCAGUUUAAUUCAGGUAUAGAAUAAAAAAACAGUAAUACCAUACCAAUACAAAGGAUAUUUUUGAGUAACGAAGGAAUAAUCUUAAUGCGUAUUUAAUCCGACGAAUAAUGGAACAGUUGUUAGUUAACAUGUUAAUCGAUAAUGGGAUAAUCUAAUAUAUUUUGUCAUACUUUGUCAUAUUAAAGCAAUAGCAAUUGUUUUUGAAAAAGAUAAAAUAUAAAGUUUAAAUUUAAAAUUAGUAGGAUAAAUAAAGGCAACAGUAGUAUACCGCUGUUCCAAACUCAUUAAUCAAUGGACAAAAAACAAAAUCGGGAUAACAAACUAAGACUGAGGGAAACGCAUUAAAUAUAAUCGGAGAAUAACGAAACAACAUUAAAAUGGAGGAUAAUAGAAAUAAAAAGUUGAGGCGUCACUUGUAAUUUAUUCUACUUUGGGAAUUUUUGCCACUUACAAUAGUGUUAUACAAUCGAGAAUAUUUUUCAUAUUACAUAUUCUGUAAAGUUUGAAAUGUAUGCAAGUGGAUCCGGAAAACACUUAUCAUAUGCAUUUCCGUUGUCUUUAAAUAUUCAAAGCUGACAACUUGAACUCAAGACCUACAUUUUGUAAAUAACCUAGACUUUUCGUUAUCUUUAUUUAGAAUAGAUGGUGUUUACCAUAUUUUUUAUAUACUGUGUUUAAUAAGUACUACUCCUAUCUACUUAGACUAGCCUUUUGAAUAAGUAAACAUGGAUAAUUCAUAAGUUGCUUGAUAUAAGCUACUUUAAAUGACUUGCACCUUCUUAUUGGUGUACAACUGAACUAGAUAACAUAAAAUGUUAAGACAUUUAUUUCUGCUAGCUAAACGGUUAACAUCAAUUGCCUUGAAAAAAAAGUUUUCCGUAUUUCCUAAUGUUAGAGAUGUUAAAAAAACAUUUUCACCAAAUUCAUAUUAUCUGUAACAUUAUCUUAU